AUGACUUCGGCACAUGCAGCUGCUUACGCAGCCAUCGGACUUUCCUCGAUAUGUGUCCUUGUUACCGUAUUCUAUAUGCCAAUGUUCCUCUCGAAAGUGCAAUCCAUCCAGGACCGUCUGUCAAGGAACAUGGAUGAGUUUAAUGUAAUGCAGACGGAGAUCUGGAGUGACCUGCAGCAUGCAAAGAACGAGUCUCCAGUUCGUAAGGUCACCAAACGUCAAGUGGAAGGCGAAUGCGACUGCAGCACAGAGAACACUUGCCCGCCAGGUGAGAAAGGUCGUCCAGGCUUUGAUGGGAUGGACGGCGUUCCCGGCCAACCAGGAACGCCAGGAGAGCCUGGACUUCCAGGAAUCGUGCCUCAAGUACAAGUGAGCGCAAGCGGUUGUCGUGUUUGCCCACCAGGACCGAAGGGACCCCUCGGAUAUCCUGGACAACCUGGACCACAAGGGUUGCCAGGAC